GUAUUCAUUCUUUGAAAAAAAAUGCAAAUGUCCGCAAAAAUAAUAAAAUGGUCAUUUUGACUUUUAAUUUUAAUACUAAUCAUGGUGAAUAAACUUAAUAAGAACGCUAUACAAGCUCAUAAUGACAGUUUAAGAGGAUUGAACGGGUUUCUACAACUGGAUCUCUCGUAAUAAUGUUCAUGCUGUGGUGCAUGCUACUUAUGUUAACAGACAUUAGUGGUAUGUAACAUAAAUCAGAAGUGGAAUGCCUGUCAAGAGAAGGUUGAGAAGAUUUAAUUGAGGAGGACAGAAGGGGAGACAGAAAGUGAUUGUAAUAAUGACGAAAUUGAAAGGAGCAUGAAGCAUGUAAAAGAACAACUGGUGGAUGUGCGAAUCAGAUAUUUGAUAUAUGGUUUUCAAAUAUUUCACAAAAUCACUCAGUAGUUUGACAUUAGAUAGUAAAUUCAGUUAACUCCACCGUCGUGUUCGUCCACUGCAAUUCCACUAUUUUCAGUUCAUAAUAACACUCUACACAAUAAUUAUCUCAACGACACCACUUAUUCCUCACAAAAUUAUAAAUAAUUCUUAAAUUAAUCCUUGUGCUUCGUUUAAGUGGUAAAAAGAUUUUAUCACAAUCCAUAAUACACAUAGAAUUUUUCUUAUCUCAGACUUAGAGCGUUGCAUGGUUGUCCGAAAAUAAGUUAUGAUUCAAAACUGGCUAGUGAUUCUCAAAAGUGGGCUGAACACUUGGCUUCAAUAAAUUGUAUGCAGCAUAGUAAAGCAGAUGGAUACGGUGAAAAUUUAGCAUUUCAAAUGUCUACGGCCGGUGCAUCACUGAAUGGUCGUGAAGUAACUCGAAAUUGGUACGAUGAAAUUAAGCAACAUGAUUUCAAUGGACAAAAUCAACCUGGGACAGGACAUUUUACUCAAGUAAUUUGGAAGUCAACUAAUAAAGCAGGAUUCGGUUCUGCAUUCUCCAAAGAUGGAAAGAAAGUGUACGUAGUGGGACGUUACAAACCAGCCGGAAAUAUAAUUGGUUAUUAUGCAGAUAAUGUACCGAAACCAAAGAAAGCGCCUCCACCAAGAGAUGAAUUUAAUAAAAUACCAGAAAGUAAAUGUUCAAUAUUGUAACUUGUAUCUGGAUUCGAUCAGUUGUUAAGUACACGUUAUUAAUAAAUGGAUCACGAUCAAAAUAUGACUACUCAUUUAAAACAAAAUAAUAUAUAUAUAUAUAUAUAAGUAUCAGUUGACUUUCUUUCACAAUAAAUGAAGAUUUAUAAUAUGAUGAAAUGAAUACUUAAUAUAUCUGUUUGUUUAAUGAAUUCCUUUAUACAUAUUAUUAAAAGUUUAUUUUCUCAUGA